GGGAAAGCGGAAACAGCAGGAAAACGACGAAGAAGCGGAACUUCCGUGUUGUUCAACAUGGAGUGAGAAAAUGUAGCUUAUUUUCGCUUAGUUAAUAUCUAAAAUGAGUUAGUUAAUGUUUUGUGUAGCGUUUCUUCUCCAAAGUUUAUUGGUAAUUCGUUUUUUAUCAUUAUUUUGAGCCUUUUGACUAUAUUAGCAGUUGUUUGAUGCUAGCAGAGGAGGCUGAAUGAGGCCGCUCAGUGUUUAAGCUUUAAUGUUUGUUUACCGUGAGGUUUCUGCUGCUAUGUAAGCUGCUUUUGUUUCGUCGUUUCAAUGGGAAAAAGGAAAGACAUGAUUCACCCCAGAUUUCUCGGUGAAGGUGGCUCCAGCCUGCACAGCGCUCACAAGCGGAAACACAAAAAACACAAGAAGCACAAGAAGAAGCACCACAGCUUCCCCGAGGUGCCGGAGCCUGAGCCUGUAGUGGUGCCUCGGCCUCCGCCGCAGCUCCGACUGAAGAUCAAACUGGGAGGACAGACGCUGGGAACCAAGAGUGUUCCCACUUUCACAGUCCAUCCUGGUGUGGCUCGUCCACCCUCACCUUUAAUGAUCAUUGACAACAACGUUGAUGACGACGAUGAUGACGAUGAUGAAGAUGAUGAUGACGAGCCCUCUGUUCCUUUGGAGCAGUAUCGAGCCUGGCUCGAUGAAGACAGCAACCUGGCCACAUCCCCUCUGCCAGAUAUGGACUCAGAUUCCAUGCUGGGCGGGCCCGUGGACGAGGAGGAGCGGUGGCUGGACGCUCUGGAGAAAGGAGAGCUUGAUGACAACGGAGAGCUGAAGAAGGAGAUCGAUGAGUCUCUGCUCACUGCCAGACAGAAAGCUCUGCUACACAAGCAGCAGAGUCAGCCUCUCCUGGAGCUCCCCAUGGGCUACAAGGAGAAAGAGAUGACCGCUGAGAUGAUGCAGAAGCGGGAGGAGCGUGCCCGAAAGAGACGCCUGCAGGCCGCCAAGAAGGCAGAGGAGAACAAGAACCAGACGAUAGAGAGACUGACGAAAACCAGCAAGGCCAAGAUCAAAAGCAUGAAGGAAAAGAAGUCCAAGCAGAGCCAGUGCCCCAUGGUUCGGUACAGCGAUUCUGUCCAGGGAAUGGCCAUCUCCUUCCCAGCAGGGGUCCCCGCUCCUAUUCCGGCACCUCCCUGCCCUCCUCCUCCAGCCCCAUUGAACUGUGGAGUGAGUGGGUGCACAAACCUCAAGAAGUACUCGUGCUCAAAGACCGGAGUUGCUCUCUGCAGCCUCGAGUGCUACAAGAGGAACCUCCUGCUCGUGCAGAGCGCAGCGUGAACCCCAGACAGUUGAGUUUAUGCCACCCUGGGAUGUGACAAUGGCGAGUAUUCAUGCUCGUGUAUUUACGUUAACAGGACACUGGUGACCGUGCAGUGGUAGGAAGGUGAUUUUGGACUUUCCUGUCCAGUGUGAGGAGACUGUAUAUCAACAUGCUUUUUUCAUGUGUCAUGAUAAUGAUUCUCUGUGGAGCUGCUCAUCCAAUUAUGUACAUUUUUU